CGCCAUCUAUAGAGGACUUAGUGAUGGCAAUUUCCGACCUGUUUGGGGCGGGUAUUUCCCGACCUACAGUAGCGUGGGCGCGAGGUAUGGGUAUCACUUUCGACCUCCCCCAUGUAACAUGACUUGCAUCAAAAUCCACCCGUAUGUCUCCUCUUUUGACCUUUCUAAAAUCAUAUUUUUAUUCAAAGAAAUUUUGAAACUCUAUAUUUCUCCUAUUAAGACUCAAUUAUUCCAGCAGUGUGAGGAAUGGAUGGGUCUUCCGGCGGAUCAGUUGCAUAGGGUUCAGCCCCUCAUAAGGCACUCAGCAUCACAUUUGGAGGGUGCCCAUUGGGUUUGCAUGUGGGACGGGGCUACCAAGAGUGGGUCUCAUUCGUCUGGUGGGAUGGUUCUUUGUGACCCAGCUCGGACUCUUUGUCUGGCUAGAGGGGUCCAGUUCGCUCAAAUAGAUGAUCCUGCGGUGGUAGAAUUGUUUGUGCUUAGGGAAGCUAUUAUUUGGUGUAUGGAGCAAGGGUUUGUCGGAGGUAUGCUUUGAGGGCGAUGCGAAGGUGAUAAUCGACAAAAUUAAUCAGGCCAACACAAGAGAUAGCCGGCUGGGUGCUGUUCUUGAAGAGAUUGUUCACUACUUUAGUGUUCAGCUGGGCUUUAGUGUGCGUUUUGUAGGGCGGGAAAACAAUAGGGUAGCUCAUUUGGUAGCUAGGAAAGCCCUCUCUCUUUGUACCCGACUAUGAGUCGUUUUUUUGAUUUCCAGACCUGGCUGGUUUCCAGGGUGUAACUAUCUUCUGAUUUGAUCAAUAUAUGAUAUCUUUUGACAAAAAAAAAAAUUCCUUGUACUACAUUUCUCGUUACUUUGUAAAGUGUUGUCUCUAUGUCUCCUUGAAAAAGAGUUACAUAUCAACAUUCUUUUUUUUUUAAAUAACAUAUAAGAAUGGAUUGAUCUACUUCACCUCGUACUAGCGCGAGUAUUACACGACCUGACACACACUGAGUUUUAAGGACCCGCCCCACCCACCCAUUGCAAUCACUAAUAGAGAGGUGCCACGCUUCAUCGUUCCUCAGCUCCCACAUGGCCACAUUAACCAACCGUCUUUAGUAAGCACUAACAAGGAUUAGCAAACAAGGAUGAGUGGCAGUGAAAUCCGUACCCUAUGGCAACAGAUGUAAUCCGGUGUUCAACAGAUGUUAGGUUGCAUGGGAAUCCAACGGCAAAGCUCAAUCUACACGUGCCACUUCGUCCGAUGAAUGGGUCUUUUCUACAUCACCGGAAAACAGGGUAGACACUCUGCCUCACUUCAACUCGGCCUCUGUUCUUACGCUUUCCUCAGCAAUGGAGGCUGAAGAAGGAACUCGCACAUGCAAUGGCAGGAGCUGGGAAGAGUACAUGUAUUGGACCCAUUUCCAGUUCACCCAUUUCUGCCGCUUCCUUCAUUCCGACUUCCACCACAGCCUCGCAAUCCCCACGAAAUUUUCAACCCACAUGAGCUCCAGACUGCCGGGAACUGUGGCGCUCAGGGGACCGAGCGGAAUCGACUGGGCGGUGGGCGUGGCGAUGAGCGACGACGGGACUCUGUUCUUCAGUGGGGGGUGGAAGGAGUUCGCUCAGGACCAUGGUUUACAAGCGGGUGAUCUCUUGAUCUUCAGGUUCAAUGGACACUCUCAGUUCGACGUGCUGGUGCUGGAAUCGGAGAGCUCGUGCGAGAAGACGCGAUCCUAUUUCCUGUCGAUGAAACAGGGGCCUCCGAUGGAGGUGAAGAAAGCUUGGGGAAGUACAGCUGCGGCGACGCCUUCCGGCGACGGCUGUGGAGGAUUCAUCCCGUCGCCAGAGCAACACGAUGGUGGCGUUGGUGGGGUUGAUGAUGGCACAGGGAGGCCUCUUCCGCCGAUUGAGAUUGACGUUGAUACUCUGCCUCCACAUCCGCCACAGCCUCCCCCGCCGCCGCUGCUGCCCUCUUGCCCACCGUUCAUUACCAAGUUGUCGAACAAACAGGCCAAGAAAGUACUAACAAAGAAGGUUGUCAGUCUCAAUAGCUACAGAGGGGCGUCCACUCCGACCCCGCCGCCGACGGAAUCGAAACUAGAGGCUCUCAGAUUGGCGAAGCUAGCUGUGAGCAAAGAUGGGUUCCUCACAGUAAUGAAAACCACCCACGUUGAGCGGACUUUCUACCUGGCAAUCCCAUACUCGUGGAUGAAGAAACACAUGGACGAGAGGGAGAGGCAGGAUAUGAUUCUGACACUGGGAGAAAAAGAAUGGCCGGUGAAAUUCAAGCUCAGAGUGAACAAGAAUGCCGGAGGGCUGACCAACGGAUGGAAGAAAUUCGCUCGAGACAACAAUUUGCAACAGUAUGAUGUCUGUGUAUUCGAUCUCGGCGGCGAGCGACGCGGCCCUGAUCCUGAGAGCUCGAUCAUGGUUCUCAAAGUUCAGAUCUUUCGCUGAUGUUGAACUGGGUCGCUACUCUGUAUAUACGAUAUAUGCGUGCAGAAGGUUAGCAUCUGUAAGAAAAUGUAACUACAUAGUUAGUAGCCAUGGUUCAAGUCGGAAACUAGUCUUUUGAGUAAACCCAGCCAGCCUGCUGGCUCUUGCUCGGUGUGGUCAUGUACGUACCCGCCACCAUUUUGAUAUCUGUAAAAUGAGGCAAGCUCUUUGUUCCUGUAAAUCUAAUAUAUCUCGAAUGGUAAAUAAACAAUGAACGAUAAC